CCACCCUGGUCAUACAGUCUUCUUUUGCAUCAAGAAAUGUUAACAGCAGAGCAUCUCUCGACUCCUAGUUUCUCAGAUGGAUCCACUGUAACAUUUGAGUGUGUGAUUGGACACAAGCCAGUUGACUUAAAAGCGUCUAAAUCAGUUACCUGUCAGGGAAACCAGUGGACAAAUCUGGAACUCAGUUGCGCAAGAAAAUCCUGUGGAAGCCUUGCGGAUUUUCUUAAUGGGAGAUAUGAAAUGACUGGAAAAUUAUUUGGUGACACCGCUAAACCAGUUUGUGUCAAAGGAUACAUGUUAGCGGGUCAGGAAACAACAAGAACAUGCAGAGAUCAGGGAUGGGAUGGCAAAGAUCCUGUCUGUGAACCUGUAAAAUGUUCAGCACCUCCAGUCAUAGAAAAUGGGCAACUUGAAGAUGAGCCUUUUGAGAGUUAUGAUUAUUCACAAGCAGUCUCCUAUAGAUGCAACAAAGGACUUAAUCUUAUUGGACAAUCAACACUUCAUUGUUCUGAGGAUGGAACAUUUAAACCAGAUCCACCAAAAUGUUUUGGUGGGUGUCCAGCGCCUACAAUUCCUAAUGCAAAAAGAAUUGAAGGAAAAUCACCCCCCUACAAACUGGGUAACUUUGUAAAAUACAAAUGUGAAGAUGGCUAUAAAAUGACAGGAGAAGAUUAUAUUGUGUGUAGUGCAAAUGGAUGGGACCCUGAACCACCAAGGUGCAUUGCGCAAUGCACACAGCCUUCAUUUACGUCAAGAAAUGUCAUUUUAACAGCAGAGCAUCUCUCGACUCCUAGUUUCUCAGAUGGAUCCACUGUAACAUUUGAGUGUGUGAUUGGACACAAGCCAGUUGACUUAAAAGCAUCUAAAUCAGUUACCUGUCAGGGAAACCAGUGGACAAAUCUGGAACUCAAUUGCGCAAGAAAAUCCUGUGGAAGCCUUGCGGAUUUUCUUAAUGGGAGAUAUGAAAUGACUGGAAAUUUAUUUGGUGACACCGCUAAACCAGUUUGUGUCAAAGGAUACAUGUUAGCGGGUCAGGAAACAACAAGAACAUGCAGAGAUCAGGGAUGGGAUGGCCGAGAUCCUGUCUGUGAACCUGUAAAAUGUUCAGCACCUCCAGUCAUAGAAAAUGGGCAACUUGAAGAUGAGCCUUUUGAGAGUUAUGAUUAUUUACAAGCAGUCUCCUAUAGAUGCAACAAAGGACUUAAUCUUAUUGGACAAUCAACACUUCAUUGUUCUGAGGAUGGAACAUUUAAACCAGAUCCACCAAAAUGUUUUGGUGGGUGUCCAGCGCCUACAAUUCCUAAUGCAAAAAGAAUUGGUGGAAAAUCACCCCCCUACAAACUGGGUAACUUUGUAGAAUACAAAUGUGAAGAUGGCUAUGUAAUGAAAGGAGAAAGUUAUAUUUUGUGUAGUGCAAAUGGAUGGGACCCUGAACCACCAAGGUGCAUUGCGCAAUGCACACAGCCUUCUUUUACGUCAAGAAAUGUCAUUUUAACAGCAGAGCAUCUCUCGACUCCUAGUUUCUCAGAUGGAUCCACUGUAACAUUUGAGUGUGUGAUUGGACACAAGCCAGUUGACUUAAAAGCAUCGAAAUCAGUUACCUGUCAGGGAAACCAGUGGACAAAUCUGGAACUCAAUUGCGCAAGAAAAUCCUGUGGAAGCCUUGCGGAUUUUCUUAAUGGGAGAUAUGAAAUGACUGGAAAUUUAUUUGGUGACACCGCUAAACCAGUUUGUGUCAAAGGAUACAUGUUAGCGGGUCAGGAAACAACAAGAACAUGCAGAGAUCAGGGAUGGGAUGGCCGAGAUCCUGUCUGUGAACCUGUAAAAUGUUCAGCACCUCCAGCCAUAGAAAAUGGGCAACUUGAAAAUGAGCCUUUGGAGAGUUAUGAUUAUUCACAAGCAGUCUCCUAUAGAUGCAACAAAGGACUUAAUCUUAUUGGACAAUCAACACUUCAUUGUUCUGAGGAUGGAACCUUUAAACCAGAUCCACCAAAAUGUUUUGGUGGGUGUCCAGCGCCUACAAUUCUUAAUGCAAAAAGAAUUGAUGGACAAUCACCCCCCUACAAACUGGGUAACUUUGUAAAAUACAAAUGUGACGAUUGCUAUAAAAUGACAGGAGAAGAUUAUAUUGUGUGUAGAGCAAAUGGAUGGGACCCUGUACCACCAAGGUGCAUUGAAGACUCAAGUAUGCCUACAUGGGCAAAAGCAAUGCUUGGUAUAGGUGUUGUGGCGGGUGUGGUUGGAUUGCUGUGCCUUGUGUAUUUCAAGUGUUUCAAGAAACGCUCAGACCAUGAAAAGGUUGAAAAAAAGGAUGAGGAUGGAUUAUAACUCCCUCACAUACCUGGUCUUCAUGAAGUUGUCCUGGCUGAAAUCCAAGUGAAGAAUCCUGCAAAUAUAUAUACGCACUUUCCAGAACCCAGCAAGAGGCGGACUGAUUUCACGCAACAAAUUCCUCCAUAAUCAGAACCAAUGUUACUUAAAAAAAAACAAGCUUAAUUUGGAAAAAAUCCUUUCUCGCCGUCUUUAACUUUUUUCCCAUUCUGUACUCUGACAGAUCUGUCAUCUUCACAUAAGUCAGGUUGAUUUCACUUUUAUAAAGUGUAUGCUUGUCAUUUCUUAAUUUUUAACACCGUUAAUACAGUGAUCACUCUUCCUGAGAACAUCUAAGGAUUCAUGACAAAAAAGUGCACAGACUGUCCCUUACCUCACUGAUUUAGUCGAGGGCUGCAUUUAGCAUGAAUAUUUAUGUAGAAAGUCUGAUCAACUUUAAAAGAGAUGAAUGUCUAAAUUUGUAACUAUUUCAUAGUAUUUGGGAAUCCACAUUGUUCAAACAAAACCAAAUGUACAAUGCUUAAGGCUUUGUUUUCAUUUUGCCUGUUGUUACUUUUCAUCUGGGUAAAACAUGAUGUGUAUAUUACCCUUCCAGUAGAUACACUGCAGAAUGUGAUUUGCAGCGCAGGUUUUAAACUGAAAGUUCUGCUAAAUCCUGCGGAAGUACUUAGUGCCUUUUCAUUCUACGGUUUUUGUUAAGGGUUAUCUAGCUGUAUGUGUUGAGCAGGAUUUGUAUAGGUUCUAAUUACAUUAGAAAUGCUUUGCUAUUGGACGAUUACAGACUUAGAUCUAAUGAAGAAAAGACAAUUUGGUAAACUUCAUUUCUGUGAUGUUAAACGUCAUUUACUUUUGUCUAUUUUAUUAAUAUUUACAGAUUUUUCCAACGUAUUUAAGCCCAAAUACCUACAGAGGCCUAAUUGCUUUUUGUUAUUGGGCAUUGUUUUUUUCACCCUUUUGGAAAAGUUUGCUAAUUUCAAUAAUUUAUACUACCUUAACUAGCUCUUGCCAAAUUGCAGUCAUGUAAAAUCGUCUAGUUUAGUUCAGCUAAUAUUUUCAGCCAUUUUUGUUAAAUUGGUCAAAAAGUAAUUUAAUUUUAACAGCAAAAUUUUUCUCCAAAUGAGUGGUUUUUCGGUUGUUUGUGUGUGUGUUAAAAUUUACUGUUUAAUUGUUUUUUUAGCUUGCAAUUUCAAAGAUGUAUCAUAUUGUUGUAUUGUAGCAAACUAGGAAUGCACUGGCAUGACGCUGCGACAGUGCUAAUUCUGGAAAUCAGCAAAGUUGAUCAAAUAUAAAUCCACUUCUUGAAAUUCUGUAUUUCACUGAGAUGUCUGCGUGCCUGGAAAGUCUCAAAAUAAAAGCUCCACAAUCAAAACAGAACACUUGGGUUCUUAACUGAUAAAGGUUUCCAUUUGUUCACUUUAUUUUAGUUCUUAGAUAUUGCAGACUUAAGCAUUGAUUCUGUUUGACAAAGUCUGAUGUUGUAAAAUUAGAUUUUGCAAGACCAGUAGCUCCAUCAGUAGAUGCAUUUCAUAGUCAACCAGUACAGCUGCUUUCUGUAUCACAAGGCUGCCAAUAAACCAUGUUGAAUUUCCCCUAAAA